AUGAAUCUGGGCAGUGACGAAACCAGUUCAGUUUCCACAGCAACUGUUCAGGAAUCUGCCAUUCCAGUGCCUGUGCGUCAAGAUGAACAAUCUGUGCAAGAAAUACCCAGCACUUCCACCAGUUCAGUUCUGGGUAGAUGUGGUAAACAAACAAAGAUUACUGGAUUUGCAUCAAGACCAGUGCCUUCAUCCAAACGAGCCAAAAUAGACGAAGAGAUUUUAAGACUUGUUGUUAAAGAAUACCUUCCAUUUAAUGUAGUUGAGAGUGUAGAGUUUAGAAAAAUGACUUAUUUAUUAAAUGAAAACUAUGUACCACCAAGUAGAAAAACACUCUCCCACAGUUUACUCUCUCAAGUGUUCGACAGCACACUAGUGCGAGUAAGAUCUGCAGUGCAAGCUGCAUCCUACAUCUGCAUUACAACUGAUGGAUGGACAUCUGUGAAAAAUGAGAAUUAUAUUGCAGUGACUGCUCACUUCAUUGAUGAAAACUGCAAUCUGAAGUCAUAUUUGUUAUCUAGUUUUAAAUUCCAUGACGAGCAUACAGCAGAAAACAUUUCCAAUGAAUUACAAAAUGUGACUUCAACUUGGGGUAUCACCAAUAAAAUUGUAGCUUGCACUACAGAUAACGCACUUAAUAUGGUGAAGGCAGUGAUGAUGUGCAAAUGGUGGCAUGUACCUUGUUUUGAACAUACACUGAAUUUAAUCGUGCAAGCAAGCCUUGAACCAGUUACAGACACAAGGGCAAAGGCUUUGGAAAACAAAGAGCCUUUGCAAAGCACCCUUGCCAUCCUCAGUGUGGAUUCACAAACAAAACUGUCCAAUGAAGACUGGUUAGUUAUUGAAAAAUCUUGUGAAAUACUAUCUCCUUUUGAACAAGUCACAACAGAAGUUAGCAGUGAAAGAAAUGUAACCUUGUCAAAAGUUGUCUUAUUAAGCAAAGGUUUACAAAGUCAUUGCCUGAGACUAAAAAACUCAGAUCACAGCAAUAAAGCCACUAAUACAGUAAUUGCUAAACUUGAGGAUGGAAUCUGUACCCGCCUCGUUCAAAAGUUUGCAGAUAAAGCAAUUGCUUGUGAGGCAACAUUACUGGAUCCUCACUUCAGGGAGCAUGGUUUUCCAAAAACUGGGCAUCGAUUAAAAGAAACAAAAGAUGCCAUAAUUAACAAGUGCUGUGCAAUACGACAGAAACCCACUCGGUGUUCUACAGAAAAUCCGCCACCAGCCAAACCAGUUGAGGUGAGCACAUUCACUUCUAGCAGUGGCAACAUUUGGCAAGAUUUUGACCAAGCUGUAGGUGGCUUGAUCCAAAGUGUAGACAAUCCACGUGCUGCAAGUAUAGUCGAGCUUGAUAAAUAUAUGAAGAUGCCACUGAUACACAGAUCACAAGAUCCAUUGCUGUGGUGGAAAGAAAAUCAUGUGUUGUUUCCUACACUGUUUGAAAUAAUGAAACGACAUCUUUGUAUUAUGGCCACCUCUGUUCCAUGUGAGCGCAUAUUUUCAAAGCAGGGGCAAACAAUAACAGACAGACGAUCCCGUCUUUCAAGCGAAAAAGUAUCAAAAAUGAUAUUUCUAAACUACAACUUAGAAUAG